CAAGCGCGAUUAAAAUCUCGAAGAUGCCGUACUGAUCGUGAUAUAUGUAUAUAAAUGGAUCUGGAAUUAGACUUUGACCAUUUGACUGAACUGAUAGCGACGACAGGACGAUUAAUCUGGUGCUCGACAAGCAUUCGCGCGGAGAGAGAAAGUGUGCGCGGUUGCAUUUUCGCGAGGCCGACACGUUUCAGACUUGUUUGGCGGCUUCUUCAGGGCGGCUGAACACGACGAAACGAGUCCGGUUCCUCGACAUCUCGCGAAAAACAAAAGUAUUGUGACAGUGUUCUCCUACUUAUAGAAAUAUACACAUUUUCCGAUGUCGAACGUAAUAAAUCAUUACGAAUCGAUCAGUAUGCGAUGGAAGACGAUCUUGUUCGCCGCCAUUAGCUCCACUAUCCAGGAAAUUUGAAUACCUGCCAGGGUAUCGAAUAAUAAUUCCCCCUGCUCUCGAUUCAAAUUUUUCGUCAACGUCGACCUGACAUCAUGGAUGGUGCCUGCCUUCAUCAGUUCAUCACGGCCCCCCUUAAAAAUUUCCUGCACCUACAACGAAUCAGAGACUUAAAAGAAACUAAAAGUCAUGCAUGCAUGCAUUGGGUUUGAAAUCUUUAAUGGAAUGCACCAGCACUGCUUGUAGAAGAUCAGUAUCCUUGAGCAACAAACUCUAUGGAUCAUCCUACCAACAUGGACAUACAGAAAAAUAUAUUGGAUUACUAUUUUGGAAUAGCUUUUUUCUUCAAAGUAAUUAAGCAAACAGGAUAAAAUGGAUGAAUCCAAGAGCAUGCACAAAUGAGGCAUAUAUUCCUACUCCUAUAGAACAUGUGGCAAAUGUGGCAACUCAUGGAAUAUGGGUUGUGCCAUCAGUGAUUGGUGGUAUUGAGCUUAUACGGCGUUCGACGACAUGGGCUCAACUUGUGUCCGCAUGUGUAUACGGCACUUCCUUGAUUCUUGUCUUUGUAGUGUCAACCUUUUUCCAUAGCGUACACUACUGCAAUCAUAAUAGACAUUUGAAGGAUGCGUUACAUCGCUGUGAUCGUGCUAUGAUAUAUAUCUUCAUAGCAGCCAGUUAUUUUCCAUGGUUAAACAUUGAACACUUCCCAGACGAUGAGCUUUUAUUCGCGAUGCGAUACGUUGUCUGGAUCAUGGCUAUAAUUGGCAUCCUUUACCAACAAAUCUUCCAUGAGAAAUACAAGAUGCUUGAAACUAUUUUCUAUGUAGUUAUGGGUAUUGGACCUAGUGUUGCAAUCCUUAAUGUUUAUAACUAUUACAAUAUUACGGAAUUAAAACUGGGCGGACUGAUAUAUGUACUUGGCUUAGUAUUUUUCAAAUCGGACGGUCGUAUACCUUGCGCGCAUGCAAUCUGGCAUCUUUUCGUGGCCGCGGCGGCUGGAUUUCAUUAUUACGCGAUCCUAAGCCACGUAUUUCCUGAGACAGACUUGACGAAUAUUCCUGGAGCAUCCAGCAAUAUGCCGCCGUUAAACAUGCUAAAGUCUCAUAUAGAGUUAUAGGAAUUGUGUACUAUUUUCUACAAUAUUUCUUCCAGAUGCUAAAAAUUCUAAAAAGCGUUCUACCAAUUCCAGGGAUAAACCCUAUACAUAUUCUGAUAGAGAAAUGUAUCUUUUAUUUCUAUUCACAUU